CCGACCCGCUGCCGCCCCUCUGAGCUCUCUGCGCCCGCGCUGCCCUCUGGACACAAGAGACGAGGUGCUGAUUGGAGGCCUGCGGAGGGCACCACACCAGCUCUGCACCAGGCCCAGGCUGUCCCGUCACCAAGUUGCUGCUGCAGGGCAGAACCAUGAGUGGUGUCGCGGGUGGCCUCGCCUCCCUGGGGCUGGCACUGCUGGUCUGCGGAGCCCAAGGCUUCUUCCUGCCCAACGUCACGCAGCUGGAGAGCCUGCUCAGCAGGUACCAGCAGGCGGAGCCGCACUCCCGCGCCCGGAGGGCCAUCCCCAGGACAGACCGGGAGGAGAUCCUCAUGCUUCACAACAAGCUGCGGGGCCAGGUGCAYCCCCCGGCCUCCAACAUGGAGUACAUGACCUGGGACGAAGAGCUCGAGAGGUCAGCGGCGGCCUGGGCGGAGGAGUGCCUCUGGGAGCACGGCCCCACCAACCUGCUGGUGUCCAUCGGGCAGAACCUGGCCGUGCACUGGGGCAGGUACCGCUCUCCGGGCUUCCACGUGCAGUCCUGGUACGACGAGGUGAAGGACUACACCUACCCCUACCCCCACGAGUGCAACCCCUGGUGUCCCGAGAGGUGCUCGGGGGCCAUGUGCACCCACUACACGCAGAUGGUCUGGGCCACCACCACCAAGAUCGGCUGUGCCGUCAACACCUGCCGCAGGAUGAGCGUGUGGGGCGACAUCUGGGAGAACGCCGUCUACCUCGUCUGCAACUACUCUCCAAAGGGGAACUGGAUCGGAGAAGCCCCCUACAAGAGCGGCCGGCCCUGCUCCGAGUGCCCGCCCAGCUACGGAGGCAGCUGCAGAAACAACCUGUGCUACCGAGAGGAGACCUACGGCCAGAAACCCGAGACGGACGACAUGAACGAGGUGGAAACGGCCCCCGUCCCUGACGAGAAGCACGUCUGGGUCCAGCCGAGGGUGGUCAGACCCACGAAGCCCAAGAAAACCCCCRCGGUCAAAUACAUGACCCAGAUCAUCCGCUGUGACACCAAGAUGAAGGACAAGUGCAAGGGGUCUACGUGCAACCGGUACCAGUGCCCAGGAGGCUGCCUGAGCCACAAGGCAAAGAUCUUCGGGUCCGUGUUCUAUGAGAGCUCGUCCAGCAUUUGCCGGGCCGCCCUCCACGCCGGAGUCCUGGACGGCAAAGGAGGCCUGGUGGACAUCACCAGGAACGGGCAGGCUCCCUUCUUCGUCAAGUCUCAGAAACACGGCGUGGAGUCGCUGAGCAAAUACAAGCCCUCCAGCUCGUUCAUGGUGUCCAAAGUGACAGUGCAGGACGUGGACUGCUACACCACCGUGGCUCAGCUCUGCCCGUUUGAAAAGCCGGCCUCCCACUGCCCGAGAGUCCGCUGUCCUGCGCGCUGUAGGGACGAGCCGUCCUACUGGGCCCCCGUGGUUGGCAGCAACGUCUACGCAGAUAAGUCCAGCAUCUGCAGGACAGCYGUGCACGCCGGCGUCAUCGGGGACGAGAGCGGCGGGUACGUGGACGUGAUGCCUGUGGACCAGAAGAAGGCCUACGCAGGCUCGCUCAGGAACGGGGUGCAGUCUGAGAGCCUGAGCUCGCCCGGGGACGGGAAGGCCUUCCGGAUCUUUGCCGUCAGGCAGUGACCGCUCACCACCGGGACACGGGCGUCUGCAGCAGGGCUUCGCGGUUUUCCUUUGGUUUUGACUUUGUCGUCUGGGGUCGGGUGGGGUGGGGGUGCCGAGAGUCGGGGAGCUUCUGUGGAUGGCCCUGGCCAGGGUGACUUGGGCCCCCUCCUCUGGAGCCAGGCCUCCCGGGCUGUCUGCUCAGCACUCAGGCCUGGGCCUCCGCUGGGGCCUCUCCCCCUCCAGGGGUCAGUGCCAAGCUGCUCUGGCCACGGUGCCUUUGUGGGUGGAGGGGAGGACCCUGAGCUCUAGACAGACAGAGGGUCCAGGGCUGGAGACKGAGGUGGGGGCGUGGGGCGGUCGGGGAGCAGGCGCAGGGAGUCUGGGAAACGGGGUGUAAAGUAGUUAUUUAAAAAUAAAAAAGCACAGUCCGUCCCUGACCUGGAGGAAGGUGGGCUUAGUGUUUGCUGGUCAGACAAGUGUGCUGGGCAGGCGGGAGCCUGUGGCUGGCCCUGGAGGCGCCCGCGGCCCGAAGUCCUGGGGGCUGAGAGCUCAGCAGUGCUGGCGCCUGAGACCUCGGGGCCCAGAGGUCUGUGUCCYCGCUGCCUCCUCCCUGUGGCCCGUCUGUUUUCCGCUGUGACCUUUGGUCUCGUUGAGGACUG